AGGGCCCGGAGCAGCGCUGCCCCCGCGGAGCCCCGCGGUUUCGCUUCUCAAUCGGGCCGCGUCCGCACCGGGGGAACGGGGUAGGGUGGCUUUUUUCUGCGCCAUUGCUGGAUUGUGCCGUGUAAAGUGCUCAUCUGACUUCCGCAGUCACAGCACCAAGACUGACAGUUCAGGAAGCGUUUGGAUAACGCUCUCAGGCACAAUGUUUUUAACAACAGUAUUACUCCGAAAGAGAAUUCCUGGACACCAGUGGAUUGGGAAGUACAGGCGACCAAGACAGGUUACCAUUUCAAUGAUGCAAGCAAUGGUCCGAAGACUGGAAAUUGAAGCAGAGAAUGAAUAUUGGCUGAGCCGGCCUUACCUGACCCGGGAGCAGGAGUACAAACACAACACGGAACACAGACGUGCCAAGUGGGAAGCUUUCAAACGCCUGAAACAAGCCAAGUUUCCUGAGCACAGAUAUAUCAGUGAUCAUUUAAACCACUUAAAUGUGACAAAAAAGUGGACAUGCUGAAUAACACAGCAUAUUUAUAUUUGGCAUAUGUCAUACACUGCCACAGGAUCUGCCCUUGUACCUAUUAUGGUGGUUUUGUAAUUCAGUGUAAUUAGGGUGGAUGAGAAGUAAGACUGCUACGGUGUACAGAAUGUUACAUUAAAAGUAGUCCUGUGGAACACUGUA